GGCACUAUAGCAUAGUAUUUUUUACUGCGUGUUAUGAGAACGUUACACUAAAUAUAAGCAUGAAAAUGCAGCGGUAUUUGCCUGAUGGAACUGUUUCCUUCGAAGAGAACGUAGCUUUGAGGUCUGAUGUCUGAUGUCACAACUUGGCGCACCGGGGCUGAUCCAGAGGCGGUUUGAAAAGCCAGAACGCUAGCCAUGACGUCGACUCCGCAAAGCGCUCCACUGGCAGAUAGCGGAAUCUUACCGCGCUGGCGAACAUACUCGGGAACAGGUGCACAACUGCAGAGGCAAUGAUGAAAGAUUCUCCUACACCAUCAGUGGAGCAUCAAGAAGAGCCAUCUCCAGACGAGGAGACUAUGGACCUUAGCUGGAAAGGAGUCACAUCGAAGCUGGGGGAGAGAGAGGAGAAGGAGGAGGAGGAGAAGGAGGAAGAGUUCUGCAGGCAGACAGACCACGAGGAUGAUGACGGUGAAGGCUCACAAUCUGGGGGCCCAGUGACAGACCUCAGCUGGAAAGGAGCCCCAUCGAAGCUGGGGGAGAGAGAGGAGAAGGAGGAGGAGGAGGAGGAGAAGGAGGAAGAGGAGGAGCUCAGCAGGCAGGCAGACCCCGAGGAUGAUGACGAGGAAGGCUCACAAUCUGGGGGCCCAGUGGCAGCUGAGAGGCUUGUAAAGAAAGAAAGAGAGGAAGAUGGUGAGGACACAAAGGUGGAUGACCAUGCGAUGGACGGCGAGGACGGGGUCGAGAAAGAGGACGACUCUGGGGACUACGGAGAAGAAGACAUGUUCGUUGACACCCAGGACUCGCCCAUCAACUAUGCCACGUAUGACAGCGCCACGCCACAAGAAGGUGGUAGUCUCGCUGGGUGGAAUGGCUCCCAGCGAGCCGGCCAGGGAAGCAAGCUCACCUGUGAUAUCUGUGGCCUGGCCUGUGUCAGCCUCAACGUGCUCCUGGUCCACAAGCGCAGUCACACAGGGGAACGGCCAUUCCAUUGCCAGCAGUGUGGCGCCUCCUUCACCCAGAAGGGAAACCUGCUUCGCCACAUCAAGCUCCACUCUGGGGAGAAGCCUUUCAAGUGUCCCAUGUGCAACUAUGCCUGCCGCCGACGGGAUGCCCUCAGCGGACACCUGCGCACACACUCGGUGGAGAAGCCCUACAAGUGCAACCACUGCGGCCGGAGCUACAAGCAGCGGAGUUCUCUGGAGGAGCACAGGGAGAGGUGCCAUGUGUACAUGCAGAUCAAGAACGAAUCGGAAAGAGCCCCUGAAGACGUCAGCAGCAACGGUGCCCGGGCCCAGGGGGGCGUGGAGCGUGCCAUUUUGCUGGACAGACUGGCGAGCAACGUGGCCAAGCGCAAGAGGACCAUGCCUCAGAAGUUUGUAGGAGAGAACCCCGUGUGUCUGGACCUGUGCUUCAAGCGGGAGUCGGGGAUCAGCUCCGAUGCUGCCCAGAGCUCCUCCAACCCCGAGGUCCUCCCUGGUACCCCCUCUGACAUGGACCAACCCCCCAACAGGAGCUUCCCCCUGCAGCUCACCGCGGCCCCCCUCACCCUCACCAACGGAUGCAAGCUGGAGCGCCCGGCGCCCUGCCUGCCCCAUCCGACCCCCGGUUCGGGCCACCUGCCCCUGGACUCCCCCCACCACCCUGAUGGCGGCCUGCGUUCCCGCUACGCCUCUGACCCUCACCGACGCGGCCUCCUGCACCUCCACCACCCGCCGCAGCAGCAGCAGCAGCAGCAGCAGCAGCAGCAGCAGCAGCAGCUGCCGUUCAACCUGAGCCACCUGCUCGCGCCCGGCCCCCCCAACGGCCUGCCGUUCCCCCUGCACCACCACCACCACCCUGCUCUGGCCCCCCCUCCUCCGUCCCUCCCCCACACCGGGCCCGAGGUCCUCCGCGUGGUCCAAGGGAAAGGGGAGCCGGUGGGCGCGUACAUGUGCGGCCACUGCCGCGUGCUGUUUCUGGACUACGUCAUGUUCACCAUCCACAUGGGCUGCCACGGCUUCCGCGACCCGCUCGAGUGCAACGUGUGCGGCCACCUGAGCCAGGACCGCUACGAGUUCUCUUCGCACAUCGCCCGCGGGGAACAUUACCUGGAGGUCAAGUGAAGUAGCAGCACACACACACACAGACACACACACAGCCACACACACACGCACACACACACACUGUAUGCAGAACAUCACCAACAAGUAUAAUGACAGUUCAAAUAAUCCGUUUGUAUCAUUUUUGACAACUUGACAACAUGCCUUCAGCUUGGCAAUUCUUCUUUUUUUGUAGAUAUGUAUUUUUGUGUGCCUGAGGUGAAUGUACUGGUUUGCGUGAUUUUUUAUUAAGUGUAAGGACGUGAAAAAAUCUGCCCAUGCAGGCACAUUUUCUUUCAUUUUGAAAUUCAUGUUGAAUGUGCAUAAGUUAUUCUUGUUUUCUCUCAACUGGUUUUUUGUUUCACUUGGAUCAUUUCAAAAGCACUUCUGUUCCCCGGACUAGUCAGAUGGCCUAGUUUGAGUAUGAAUCUUCAUAUCAUGGGAUCGACGAACAUGACGCAACUACUUUUAUUCAUAUAAUGUUGUGCCGUUUUGUUCUACUUUUCUACUUUUCUACUACAAUUUUGUACAAGAGUUUAAAAUGAAGUGAGCUGCAGUCUAAUGCACUGGAUUAAAUAUGCAUUACUUGAUGUGACAUUAAGCAUUUACUGUAUUAUACAUUUAUUGUUUGCUUUGAAGACUCAUAAAGACCCAUGCUGUUUCUCA